GCCCUGCCGGCCCAGCCCAGGCUGGCCUGGCCCAGCCACACGUGCACCAUGAGGUACCCUUUGGUGCCGCUGGUGAACAAUCUCAUGUUUUCUUUCCUGGUUUUCUGGCUGUGCCUCCCUGUGGGUUUGCUGUUAUUUUUGCUGAUCGUCUGGCUACGCUUCUUACUUAGCCAAGAUUCAGAGGAAAAUGACUCAGAUCUGUACUUGGAUUGGGAGCCCUGGAGCAAAGGCCUGGCCAAGUUUUGCUGGAAGGGGGCACUGCCUAGCCCGGAGGAGGAGUGGCUGUGCGGCCACCAGAGCCCGCCUUAUUCUGAAGCUGGCUCGAGCAACAUGUUCACUAACCCCCAGCCUGGAGCCCCUGCCUGA